AUGGAAAGCUUCCCGUGGCACGACAUAGAUGGGUACAGUCUCAGGGACCUCAUGCUUCACCUGAAACAUCCGGCGCAUGAUGAUUUCUGCCUCUACGAAAUAACAUCCACUCUGAGGCGACUCAAUACCUUGAAGACCUUCGAGCUGAGGACGAGGGGGCAUGACGGAAGCUUGUCCUCGCGAAUAGUCAAAGAUUCGGCGCAAAGCAUUCACUUGCCGAAUAUCGAACGUAUAACAUUGGAAGCCAAUAGCGAGAUGGUCGUUCGCUUCCUGGACCUCGUCUCCUUCCCGACGUCGGUUGAGACGACCCUGAUUCCUCUCGGUGUCGUAGAGAGGGCGUCUAUACUCUCCACACUGCUCCCGUGGAUAUCUAAACAGUCGGCUUCAGCGCCAGUAAAGAGACUGUCAUUCACUAGCAGUCAUCAUGGUGACACUACCCAGCUCAAUGUCGCCCGCUCGCUACACACCGGGCAUGGGGAGUACCUCCACUUGCAUAUCAACUCUUUGAUGCAAGAUGCGACCCGGGAGAUCUUGCACGGUCUCGAGCCCGGAACAGUCCAGGUCAUCGACGUCGCCACCGUGACGCCACUCUCUCUAAGAGCCGAUCAACUCCUUGUACAGACAUCGCUGAUGUGUCGAAACGUCACGCGCAUAGACACACUACCCGUAAAUGCUUCCAACGACGCCGCUGGAGCACUGGCGGCCAUUCUUCGACGCCUUCUCCUCCCUCCGACGACUACGACUUCAUCCCCGUUUCCUGUCCUUGUGACAUUAAACCUUCUGUCCUUAGGACAAGGCGUGCUGUCCUCUCGCUGCACGCACAGUGAGGACGCACAACCAUAUCGCAUCAUGCCACCUACACUCGCACAGGCCAUCGUCGACAUUCUUAUAGCCAGGCAAGAAGUAGGCGGUACUAUGCCUCGGGUAUACGUCCAGGAAUGGACAUCGCCGAUGUCCCGGUUCGAGCAGAGUGUGCUAGAAGUAGUGCGCACCAUACCUGGUGCAUUGUUCUUGCCGGCAGGAACCUGGGGGCUACCGGAGAACAUAUGA